UGUAGUGCGCCUGUGUAUGUGUGAGUCAGGAGAGAGAGAAACAGAGUGAGAGGGGAGAGAGAGCGUCCCUUUUCUGCAGCUUUAAUAGCAUGAAUCCAUUCAUAUUUCCUUGCUACACCAACUCUGUUCCAGAAAUUAACCCCAAAACCAAAACGAUCUCAAAGAAGAAAUAAAGAAAAGUAGACAAGGAAAAUCGCUUCUUUUUGGGUUCAUUUUUUUUCGGUUUCUGAAACGGAAACAAAAUGAAAGCCAUUUGAAAUCUCACAUCUCACCACUGUCUCACUUUCUAUAAAUGUCACACUCGAUGCUGAAAAUCGCUAAUCUCACGAUUUUCCGUUUUGAUGUUUGUAUUCAGAUCAUUGUGCUUUUUUGAUUUGUUGUGCAAUCCACUGUUGUACUUUUUCUAUAAAAAAAAUUCGGAUUUGUUUGUGUGUGUUUUAGUAGCGCUUGUUGUGUGUGUCUGUGUGUGUUGUUAAUUGAUGUUUGAGCGAGUGAAGAUUCAUCAGAAGGGUGCAGAAAAUAUGAAGGAAGACGAUGAUAAUGAGCUGGAAAUGUUACUGGGUAAGAUCUCUCAUGCAGCAUCAUCAUUUAAUCUUCAAUCCGCACACAUCGAUGCACAUGGUCAUCAGCAUAACAAUAGUAAUCAUGUCGAUCAUGGCCGUGGUUAUGGUUUUCCUUAUGGCCAUGGUCAUGGUCAUGCAUCAUGUGUGGUUCAGCAGAAAAUGAAUGGCCAUGACUAUUGCGAGAGUCAUGUUCAUGGUAUGUAUGGUGAUGGUGAUGAGCUCUUUGGGCGCAACUAUGCGCGUGAGUCUUCCCCUGUUAGUGGAUUUUCUGUGAAACCUACCGAUGGUUCUUCUUCGAGCCUGUUCCAUGGUGGCGUGCCCUCCUUGUAUGAGAUUGGAUCGCAUUUCGAGGAUCUGAGACCCCAGUCGGUCUCCGGGGAUGGAUUCUGGCCGGAUUUCAGGAUGGUCGAUGAGAACAAACUGUUUGGUGAUUUCAAUUUGUCGGAAAAUUUCAGUAAAAUGUAUGUUAACGAAGAGGAGUUCCCUAAUGGCAUCGAAUCCUGCGAGGGGAUAAAUUUCAAGAGAUAUGAAGUGUAUGAGGAUCUUAGAAAGGGGUUUUGGGGGCAUGGGGGAUUUAGCCUCUCCAGUGCUGAAGGGCAUUAUAGGAUUCAGGGUGAGAAUGGUUCUGCAUUUCUGGAAAUGCAGCAUGAUCAGAGUGGUAAUCUGCAUUAUUCACCUGGUCUGUUUGAUGGGAUGUUUUCCCCGCCGGAUUUUGGAGGUAAUGUAUUUGGAGAUGGAAGUUACCCUCUGGGGUUCGUGGUACCGGGUGUGUCCUCGGGUUUAAAAAGGACUCCAGUUGGUGAUGCUUUUCGCUGUGCUUCACGGAAUGGAGUAAAUCUGGUUGAAGGAAGGGAUACUUUAUACUCACCUAAUGUGGUUCAGUUGACACGCAUUCUUCCUUGUUAUGGUGAAGAAAAUGUUCUUCAGUACCAACCAUCAGUACCUAAUGGACGAAACAAGGUGCCUCUCCAUGUUAGAGUGCCUCAAGGGGGUAUCGAUGCCUUUACCAGCGAGGAUAGUUUGAUCAUUCAGGGCGAGGGUGUUACUAAUGGAAUGGAUAGAGGGCACACACAUUUGAGGGGUCUUCACCAUCAUAAGAAUGCUGCUGAGAAGCCUCGAGAGAGGUUGCAGCUAAAUGGCGGUCACCAUGCUGCUGCAGUCCGCGAUGUUUGCUACGGUCCAGGGAUGGUCUGUCCUUUCUCCUUGCCUUUAAAGGGUAUUUCCAUCACAGACGCUCAGGGAUACAUAUACGACAUUGCAAAGGAUCAGCAUGGUUGUCGAUUUUUGCAAAAGAUAUUUGAAGAAGGAACUUCUCAAGAUGUGCAGAUAAUAUUCAAUGAGAUAAUUGACCAUGUUCUUGAGCUCAUGGUUAAUCCAUUUGGAAAUUAUCUCAUGCAAAAAUUGUUGGAAGUGUGCAAUGAAGAGCAGAAAACACACAUAUUGUUGCGGGUGACUGAGGAGCCAGGGGAGCUUGUUAGGAUCUCUCUGAAUACACAUGGCACUCGGGUGGUCCAGAAAUUAAUCGAGACACUUAAAACAAGACAGCAAAUAUCACUUAUUAGUUCAGCUCUUGAACCUGGUUUCCUUGUACUUAUCAAGGACUUAAAUGGUAAUCAUGUUGUUCAGCGGUGCUUGCAAUGCUUUACUGCAGAAGAUAGUAAGUUCAUUUUUGUUGCUGCUGCAAAGUACUGUGUGGAUAUUGCGAUGCAUCAGCAUGGGUGUUGUGUUCUGCAGCGUUGCAUCAGUUCUUCCACAGGAGAAUUUUGAGAAAAUUUGGUUGCUGAGAUUUCAGCAAAUGGGCUCCUACUUGCUCAAGAUGCAUUCGGAAAUUAUGUGGUUCAGUUCAUUUUGGAACUUAAGAUCCCAUCUGCAACAUCCAAGUUGACAUGUCAGUUUGAGGGUAACUAUGUGAAUCUAUCCAGACAAAAGUUUAGUAGCCAUGUGAUUGAAAAGUGUCUAGUGGUAUGUAACAAUGAAACACGAUCAAAGAUCAUCCAUGAGUUGCUCUCUGCCACUUACUUUGAGCAGUUGCUUCAGGAUCCUCAUGCAAAUUAUGUUGUGCAAACAGCUCUUCGUGUUACUGAGGGGUCUCUACAUAGUUCUCUAGUUAAUGCAAUUGAAUCCUACAAGAUGAUCUCAAGGAAUACCCCUUAUUCCAAGAGGAUUUUCUCUCAUAAGGUUUUGAAGAAGUGAACUACAGUCUCCUUCAACUGUUGUUUGGAUCUGACUCCAUUUCUUAAAGGGCUCCAUGUGUGAAAACUUAGCUGUCACUCAUGCUCAGUAAGGACCAGAUAUUUUGUCAAUUUUGCUCGUAACUGUUUUUGUUCCACGAGCUUUUACUUACAGGAAGAGUGUAAAGAAAGGCAACCAUGCCUUGAAACACUUUAACAAUUGUGUUUUUGUUGUCAAGUGUACGUUCAGGCUAACUUUUAUCCACAUGCUCGUUGGAUCCUCUCUAUUUGACAACCUUACGAUGUAUAUAUAACAAAGUUAUGCAACAGAUUCAGCUAUGCGAUUCACGAGCUUUUUGAUUGCUGCAUCCUGCGUGCUAAGCAUUGGCAAAUAAUGCAUACUCCUGCUUUGCAGCGUCUGUAUAUAGACAGUUUUCUGUUGUCUAAGCUGUGCAUUUAGGUUAUCUUUGAUGAAUUCGUUGUUGUUUUGAUCAAUAAUUUACAUAAUAUGGAUCAAUCUAU